UAUCCUACACACUCGUCCAGCCCAGAAUUCGCCAGGGAGGCAUGGACGACAAGACUUGGCUGCCCUUCCCCGUGUUCCUUCUGGCCGCUCUGCCGCCCGUGCUGCUGCCGGGGGUGGCCGGCUUCACUCCCUCCUUAGACAGCGACUUCACCUUCACCCUUCCAGCCGGCCGGAAGGAGUGUUUCUACCAGCCCAUGCCCCUGAAGGCCUCGCUGGAGAUCGAGUACCAAGUUUUAGAUGGAGCAGGAUUAGAUAUUGAUUUUCAUCUUGCCUCUCCAGAAGGCAAAACCUUAGUUUUUGAACAACGAAAAUCAGAUGGAGUUCAUACUGUGGAGACGGAAGAUGGUGACUACAUGUUCUGCUUUGACAAUACAUUUAGCACUAUUUCUGAGAAGGUGAUUUUCUUUGAAUUAAUCCUUGAUAAUAUGGGAGAACAGGCACAAGAACAAGAAGACUGGAAGAAAUAUAUUACAGGCACAGAUAUGCUAGAUAUGAAACUGGAAGAUAUUCUGGAAUCCAUUAACAACAUCAAGUCCAGACUAAGCAAAAGUGGCCACAUCCAGACGCUGCUCAGAGCAUUUGAAGCUCGCGAUCGAAACAUACAGGAAAGCAACUUUGAUCGAGUCAAUUUCUGGUCUGUUGUUAAUUUAGUGGUGAUGGUGGUUGUGUCAGCCAUUCAAGUUUAUAUGCUGAAGAGUCUGUUUGAUGAUAAGAGGAAAAGUAGAACUUAAAACUGCAAGCAGGAGUACAGAGCAUUGGAAAAAAAGAGGAUGGAACAAUGUAAUAAACUGUUAAUCAAGACCCAUUAUCGUGCAGAAUGCUUUCAGGCAUUAUCAUUCAGUGUGAAACAAGUAUACUUUUAAUGUGAAAGGGAAAUCUACUUUCUGCGUGGGUAAUCAUACCCAUCUAGUUGUACUUAAGUAUACAAGGGGAAUAUUUUAUCAAACAUAAUUGAAUGAAGCCAUAGGAAUAACUGAAAAUAUUUCUAAUGCUAUGUGUCUGUUAAAUAACUGGACACCAGGCUUAUCCAAUCCCAAACAAUCUGCUUUUCAGAAGUUCUCUUGGGGCAGAGAUUAGUGUGGCAGUGAAUAGAUACCUCCUUGGAUGCCUUCAUCCCUUUAGGGUGUCCUUGCAUUCUAGUCCCAGCUCUGCUCCCUGCUGACAGUCUGACAGCUUGGAAUGGUUCUGGUUGUUGGGUCAUUGCCACUUAAGUGGAAGACCCAGAUUGAGUAUAUGACCCCUGGCCGUAGCCUGACCUAGCCUCGGC